CAAUGGUUCCUCAAUCAAUUGGUAGGAUUGUCUCUUGGCGUUGAGUGCAAGCUCAGCGUGGUAUUCGGGACGUUUACAACAUAAUAGAGAGCAUUAGUCCGAUCCACUUUUGACAUCAUUAUCUGUGGCCGAGUGACGAUAACCUGCGAGCGAGUCGUCGCUCCCGCCCCUCCGGCGGCAGUCGCGCGCUGUGUUGCCCACGGAGCGGACGUGUUGACGUUAGUUCUCGCCCUGUCACAACAUAACCACAACAGACUGAGGGCGUGCGUUCGCUUUUGGCGGGUAUUCGCACGAAGGCGAACGAAGCGCCGCCGAGCACGACCCCCGUGCGCGUAGACUCGGACCAUUUGGAUUGCAGUGUUUGGAUGUUAGGAUUGUGGUGUUCGCUGCGGUUUUUUUAAGAAUCCGACGGAUUUCUCGUCUACGGAUUUAAAAGUUAAUUAUCGAAGACAAUGUUUGUACGUGGUGUGGAUUAAUUUAUUAAUUGAAGUAUUUAGUUGUGUUAGUGUAUACUUGAUUUGUUUUGAGAUAUUUUAACGAUUGAGAUAAGUGGUGAUAAGUGUUGGGACCUAGCUGGUAUGCUUAAGUGCUAUGUGACGCAAGGCUUGGUGACCGCCUUGGAAGGAGGCGUUGGGUACGACAAGUGGGAGCGGGGCGGGGCGGGCGGCGGCGCGGCGGGCGGCGCUGGGGGCGCUGGGGGCGCGUGGGCGGGCCGCGAGCGCGAUCGCGAACGCGAACGUGAGCGCGAGCGCCAGGCUCGCGCGCACCAGAUGUCGCACGCGCACGCCGCCGAGCCGGACGCCGCGUCGCUCUUCCCGGCACCUGUUAGAGUCGUGGGCAACCGGGACCGCGUGAGCCAGCAGAUUCAGAUCAAACUCGGCGACUAUCAGAUCGCGCAGACGCUGCUCGACGAUCCCAGCAAGUCCAUCGGCAUCUGUGCUGAGCCCCCCAGCCCCGCGCCAUGUCACCCGUCCCGACGGGAGAGCGAGUUCAAGAAGCCGGCCCACGCUCCCCAGAACGGACGAGUACACCAUCGACCGUCUUACCCCUACAACAAGAGCGAAAGCCUGAGUUCCACGAGCGCGCCCGCUCACCGCCCUCCCCCGCUGCGGAUAUCCAAUGGCUUCCAACCACCGAGUUCAAGUAUCGAUAGCAGUCAAUUGCCAAUAGAAAGUAUUUUAAAGGAGAUGAAGUCAUUGCCUACCCCAUUGUCUGUGAUAGCGGCCACGCCGAGGAAAGAGCUCGAUAAUAAGUUCAUCUUCAACCCCUACACUAAUAAGGUGCAAGAGAACCCUCAGCUCGCGAACAACGAUCUCAAAACACCUGUAACUAAGUCUGGUCUCGAUAAUCGGAUAUCUAAUUCGAGGAGUUCAGUGUCACCUGAGGUAGUGAACAAGGACCUCGGGCUGUCGGAGAGUGAUGACGAGGUCGCGGUCACCACCGCGAGGCUUGGACCUAUCAUAUCCCCAAUCGGCUCCGGCGGUAGUCCCAGUAGUGGCAGCGAGUCCUCCCCGUCCGAUUCGGAGUCGGAAUCGUCGUCUAGUGAGUCGACAGCGGCGAGUACGGCCGCGCCCGCCGCGCAGCCCGCCGCAGAACGUCCUUCCUGGAGUCUCAGCAACUUCGCGCCCCCCUCCCAGCACCCGCCGCAGCACUACGACGCCGGCAAGGACCUCCGGCACGCCCUCGAAGAUGUCAAAGGCAAACCGAGUCCAAUUUCGGAGUUGUCGGACUCUGAGACGUCGUCGCCGUCGCCCGGCGCGUCGCGGCGCCGGCGAUCCCUCGCCAACCGAGUGUCCGCCGCCUCCAGCGACGAGGACACCCCGCGCUCGCACAACACGGCGUCCCCCUUGAACGCGGUGCCCGCGAACGCCCCGGUGAAGCGAGGUCGGCCGCCCAAGCCGCGCACCUCCGAGGAGAGGCCCGUCAAGAAGAAGCGCGGCCGACCCCCCAAGCGGCAGGCCUCGCCCGCAACACGCGACAGCGACCCCGAGCCCGACCCGCCGCCGCACCACGCCCUGCACGACCCCAAGACACAGAUCUUUAGAAAGGUAUUCACAACGAAAAAAGGCGAUGAAUGCGGAGGAAAGGGAGGUAAAGGUGGCAAAGGGAAGGGCGGCAAGGGCAAGGGUCAGGUGACGAUCAUCGAAGUUACGGCGCCAGAGUCAGGCGCAGACGACGAGGAGCGCAGGCAUCGCGAGCGCUCCAACGAGAGGAGAAACGAGGAGGCCAUCGCCAGGGUCUCUCCGCCGCAGGAGCCCGAGACCUUGACCAGGAGGAGGGAGGCCGAGAGAAUAGCCAACGAGAGGAUACAGGAGCGCAUGUCCAUUGAGCGGCCCGACCACAGGCGCUCCGCCGACAGAGUUCCCGAUCGACCGACCGAAAGGACGUCGAACGAUCGAAUACCCAACGAUCGGCUCCAGCCGGAGCGAAUGUCGACGGAUAGGUUUCAAAAUGAUCGAUCUAGUGAUCGAUUACAACCGGACCGAUUAUCUGAUCGAUUACCCGAUCGAACCGUCAACGAUCGGUUCCCGACCGAUCGAGUACCUUCAGAUCGAAUUCCGAACGACAGAAGUUCAGACAGGAUGGCCGCCGAUCGUUUACAGAUGGAAAGGAUACCCAACGAACGAGUGUCAGAUCGGAUACCCACGGAUAGGAUGCCGGGCGAUCGGAUAGCGUCGGAUCGGUUGUCCUCCGACAGAAUGUCGAAUAACGAUCGGUUAUCCAACGACAGACUGACGGUCGGUCGGACACCCAACGAGCGUCGGUCAUCUGAACGAAUGUCGAACGAAAGACUAUCGAGUGAUAAGAUGUCGAUCGAUCGUCUCUCGGGAGACAAGCUGGAGCGGUUGUCGAGCGAGAAGCUGUCGCACGAGCGGUUGUCCGGCGACAAGUUACCUAUGGAACGUCUGUCGGGCGACAAGACGUCACUGGAGCGGCUGCCGAACGACAAGCUGACGUUGGAGCGGUUCGUGUACGCGGAGGCGGAUGUCGGAUCGGGCUUGAAAUCGGGUCGCGGCUCCGAGAGGAUGGAGGAAGCAUCGUCCAAUGUGGCAGUGAGCGAGCGGCGCGUGCGAGGUCGCGUGCUGGUGCGUGUACCUCUGUGUCGGCUGCACGCGGACACAGUGCGGAUGUUGCGAGCGCCGCCACGCCGCGCCCCCGCGCCCCGCCCCGCCACGCCCCCCACUCCGCCCACUGACCAGGGUGUGGAGGCAGCGUGCGUGUCUCAGGAGCGGGCGGCUGUGGGACAGACACCCAUCUACUACUCGUACUUCGAGCGCCUGCCCGCAGACGCGCUCUCCGACGAGGAGCGGGACCACAAGUACUACUUAAGCGAGGCAGCUCGGUUGAGGUCGUCAGCUGAACGUGAACAGGAGCCGUUAGCGAGAGUUAUGUUGUAUUUGGAGUCAGUUCUAUGUUUCGUACUAACUGGGCGAGUGUUGGAGCUAGAGUUAGACACGAAGCGCGCAUUCACAGUGUACAGAGAGACUAUCGCCUACAUCAAGUCUAUACAGUCAAUGCCGCAGAGGUUCAGAGCCUCGCCACACUCCACACUCAGCUCGCCUUUCAGUAAAUUAGAUAUUUUAAGUCUCCGAGUGCAAGCCUUACUUUAUUUACGAAUGUUCAAAUUGUACAAUAGAGAAGUAAAGGAGUACUAUAAAAUUGUACAGGAAUAUCAGCAAAAGCCUGCGUGCGCGGAGUCCGUGUCCCCGCUGUCGCCGACGCCCUCCCCCGCGGGGUCGGUGGGGUCAGUGGGGUCCGCCGCCUCCGCCUCCUCCGGGUACUGCUCCCUGGCGCACUCAGUGCCUGCGCACGCGCACCACGCGCUGCUGCAGCUCACCAAGUACUACACCUUCCUGUACGUCGCACACGAUCUCUGGGAGCAGGCAGACGGACUUUGCAGGCUCAGACCUAACCAAGAUCUAUUCAUAGCAGUGGAUCGUAAAUGUGGUCCGCUGACGUUGUUCUCUACGUUCCGUCAUCUGGUGCAGUACGUGCGGUACGCCAUCACUCUGUUGAAGAACGCGCCGCGAGAGUGACACCGCGCACAGUGUACAUCGCGCCCUCGAUACACUGUCCACUUGUAACCCCCCCGUACUUGACCGCCAAUGGACGCUGUGCUGUGGCGGUAUGUGCGACGCGCAAUGUAUUUUGUAUGAGCAUUUAUAUUAUCUUUGCAAGCGACUGUUUUUAAUUUUUUUUAAAUCAAAAAUAUUAC